UGGGGGGGGGGGGGGGGGGAGAAAAGAAAAAAAAAACCCUGAUCACUUACUUGGACUCAAUGACUACAUUACCCAGAACACCAUGUGUGGAAUACCAACAGCCUAGCCAGUGAAGGGUCAGAAAAGGUGUUUCGAGGGGCGGGACUUCCUGCAUCCUCAACGCCUGCCUUUUGACUCCAUCCGAACAUCCGCAGCUGUUGUUGCGGGGCUUCCAGAUCGCUGGGUCCCGGUGGAGAUGGCCCGACAGAGAAGGCAGGAGAGUCGUGGCGCUCACAGCCCACGCGCGGGAGUGAAGCUCGAUGUCCCCGCCCGGGUGACCCGCUCCAGGGCCCGGAGAGGGACCGCCCUUCCCGCCGCGGCCUCUGCUCCCGCCGCUCCCGCCCCGCUCCGCACACAAAGUCCGAUGGCGGCGCCCGCCCCGAGGCGCGGGGCUGAGGUUGGCGUGACCUUUGAGGACAUUGCCCUGUACUUCUCCAGGGAGGAAUGGCGCCUCCUUGAUGAGGGUCAGAGACAGCUGUACCUGAAUGUGAUGCGGGAGAACUUUGAACUUCUAUCCUCCCUGGAGAAAUGAAGUGUGACAGAGAUAGACAGAAAUAUAGAGGUGAACAUUAAUCUCUAUUCCACUGAUCUAUGUAUUCAUUGGCUGUCCUCUGGGUGUGUCCUGAAGGGAGAUCAAACCCACAACCUCAGGAUAUUGGGACCACACUUUCAUAGAGCGAGCCACCUGGCCAGGGCUCUGAAUUUGUUUUUAAUUUCAGAAGCUCAUAGUGGGAUCUUAACGUUUUUCUCGAAGUAGAGUCAUGUCAUCUGCCAACAUCUCAUAUGAUAACUUGUGGUUCACACUGUCAGGGGUAAUACCUUUUUUUCUUUUCUUUUUAAUAAAAGCUUCUAGCUAAUUUGAACUAUGCUCCUUUUUGGUUUUUAAGAUUCUGAAAUUGAUUUUUAUAAAAAUAGGGAGGGGGAUAGUGAGGAACAUGUAAUGAGAGCAAAACAUUGAUUGCCUGCCUCCUGUAUACCCCCUACCAGGGAUAGAACCUGCAAACCCAGCAUUUUUCCAGAGCAAGAAUGUAAUCAACUCUUUGGUGCAUGGGAUAAUGCCCAACCUACUCAUCCACACUGGAGAAAAGCCUUAUAAAUGCAAUGAAUGUGGAAAAUCUUUUAGCAGGAGCAUUGACCUUCGUCUUCACCAGAGAGUUCACACUGGAGAAAAGCCUUAUAAAUGCAGUGAAUGUGGGAAAUCUUUUACCAGGAGCACUGCCCUUCAAGUUCAUCAGAGAUUGCACACUGGAGAAAGGCCUUAUGAGUGCCAUGAAUGUGGGAAAUCUUUUUCCUGGAGCAGUACCCUUCGCUGUCAUCAGAGAAUUCAUACCGGAGAAAAGCCUUACAAAUGUAAUGAAUGUGGGAAAAAUUUUAUCACGACAGGUCACCUUCAUCAACAUCAUCAGAGAAUUCACACUGGAGAAAAGCCUUAUAAAUGCAGGGAAUGUGAAAAAUCUUUUCCCACUAGCGAUGACCUUCAUUGUCAUCAGAGAGUUCAUACCGGAGAAAAGCCUUAUAAAUGCAGUGAUUGUGGGAAAUCUUUUACCAGGAGCACUGCCCUUCGAGAUCACCUGAGAUUGCACACUGGAGAAAGGCCUUAUGAGUGCAGUGAAUGUGGGAAAUCUUUCCCCAGGAGUAGUGACCUUCGUCUUCAUCACAGAAUUCACACUGGAGAAAAGCCUUAUAAAUGCACUAAAUGUGGGAAAGCUUUUAUUUAUAGCACUCUCCUUUCUCGUCAUCAGCGAGUUCACACUGGAGCAAACUCUUAUAAAUGCAGUGAAUGUGGGAAAACUUUAUCCACCAGCAGUGCCCUUCAAGGUCAUCAGAGAUUGCACACUGGAGAAAGGCCUUAUGAGUGCAGUGAAUGUGGGAAAUCUUUUACCACUAGCACUGGCCUUCACUGUCAUCAGAAAAUUCACACUAGACAAAAGUGUUAUGAAUGCAGUGAAUGUGGAAAAUCUUUUACCUGGAGCACUGCUCUUCAUCGUCAUCAGAGACUUCAUACAGGAGAAAAGCCUUAUAAAUGCUGUGAAUGUGGGAAAUCGUUUGCAAGGAACUAUAGUCUCCAAUAUCAUCAACGAGUUCACACUGGAUAAAGACUUUAUGAGUGCAAUUAACAUGAGAUAUCUCUCAGCCAAAUUUCUAAAUUCGCUCUGCAGAUAUGAGUUCACAUGUGAGACUUGUCUUAGAUGUGUAAGAAAUGUGUUUUCUUAGUUAUCACUUAACAAUAGCAUAAGAAAACUAGAGGCCUGGUGCACAAAAUCGUGCAUGGGGAAAGGGGUUGUCCCUCAACCUGGCCUGCACCCUCUCCAAUCUGGCACCCCUCAGGGGAUGUCCGACUACCGGUUUAUGGACCUGGCAGUCAGACAUUUCUCUCACAAUCUGGAACAGCUGGCUCCUAACAGCUCGCCUGCUGUCUGUCCGAUUGCCCCUAACCGCUUCUGCUUUCCAGCCAGAUUGCCCCCUAACCACUCCCCUGCCGGCCUGAUUGCACCCAACUGCCAUCCCCUGCUGGCCUGAUUGCUCACAAUUGCCCUCCCAGGCCAGCCUGAUUGCCAACAACUGCCCUCCCCUGUUGCAACCUGCCACUUCUGCUGGGACCCGCCUCCUUCAUGAGAGGCAGCGGAGACGCCGGGACCAGCCUCCUCCACGCUUCACAGAGCCGCAGGACCCCCAGGCCUCUCCACACGGAGUGGGCACCGGGCCCUGCCUCCAUUGUGUGUGCAGUCAUCUUGUGGCAGCCAUCUUGUGACAACGUCGCACGAGGGCAUGACACCACCAAGGCUUUUAUUAUAUAGGAUUUGUGAAGUCUCAUUUGUCUGAAUUGAAUCUCAUACAUUUAAAUACCUACAUUAUGUAAAUUCCCCAUAAGUGUUUCUGUGGGUUUUUUUGUUUUUGUUUUUAUUUUGGUACCAUAUGUAUCUAUGUAUCACUUUCUGAAAUACUUAGAUGUGUUUCCAGAUCUAUGUCAAUGCAUAUUUCUGUUACUAAAGGUAUUUCAUCUAUGCCACCUAUAUGAUCCUACAGAUGGAAUCAGUCACCAUCCUCUUGUGCCCAGGGAAGGUAACUCUGUUGUCUAAUUUGUUGGAGAAAAUGACGAAGAUCUGAGCCCUUAGUUCUUAAUUCUUUUCUCUGUUAUUAGUUGCCACAUAGGACUGAUUAGUGUUGGCCCCAGGAAACAUAAUAUUGCAGAGGAUGCUGAAACCGGUUUGGCUCAGUGGAUAGAGCAUCAGCUUGCGGACUGAAAGGUCCCAGGUUCGAUUCCGGUCAAGGGCAUGUACCUGGGUUGCGGGCACAUCCCCAGUAGGAGAUGUGCAGGAGGCAGCUGAUCGAUGUUUCUCUCUCAUCGAUGUUUCUAACUCUCUACCUCUCUCCCUUCC